UCUCUCUUUAUUUCUUUCUCUUUCUCUCUCUCUUUCUCCCACCCUCUCUCUUCCUCUCUCUCUCUCUCCUGGCCCUUGUUGGUCAUCAGGAGCUCAGCCUCAAUUUCCCCAACAGCAACAGGCUGGAUUUGAACUCCGUCCAAACCCUUGCUUUGCCCAGAGAGACAUCUCGAAAGCAGCUUUCUGCACUUUCUCAGAAAACCCUGCUCCUCUUCUCCCUUUUCUCCUCCAUUCGGAAAAACCGAAGCUGCUGCCCGGUGGGGCCAGGGACAGAUACGAAUCACGACAGCUGGCCGGGACCAACCAGCAAGUCUGAAUUCGUCCUUUGCCUCCGAAACAAAAGCCAGCCGCCUCCUUUUCUUCAUGUGAGCUCAAGCGAGGAAGAACCAGCUGGCAAAAAACCUCCUGGGCCCCUUGUCCUGUCCAAGGUCCGAGCGGCCAAGGGCACCGGCUGAGGGGACGGCCCCCGGGGAACUUUACAGGUGCCUGGGGAAAAAAAAAACCCCAGGAAGAAGAAGAAAAAAAUCCGUGCUGUUGAAUUUAUUGCAUUUUUGCUUCCUGGUGUAAAUUCCUCAACUCUGCAGAAAGAGAGAGAGGGGGAGAGAAAGUCCUUCAACCACUGGCCAGAGUGGCAGGAAGCGAUGGCUGCACCAGGCCAGCGGUCAGCCAAAGGCAAGGCCGCUCUGCCCCCCCAUUACUACGAGGGCUUCUUGGAGAAAAAGAAUCCGUGGGAUGAGGAUUAUAAGAAGUACUGGGCUGGUCUCUGGGGCUCCACACUGUAUUUCUACCACACCAACAGAGAAAGUCAGUAUAUUGAGAAAAUUGAUCUGACUGACUUGGUCUCCCUGGCCGAAGACAACUGUCCAAGAAGUGUGAGUUCCAUGUCUACAGAAAAACCAGGGCUGGUUCUGAGGAUGUUGAACCAAGAAAUAAAGUUGAGGAUGGAAAGCCUGGAACAGCAGGAAAUGUGGAAAAGUUUUAUACUCACCAUGGUGGAGAUGAAGAUCCCGGCAUCCAUGUCUUUGCUACCUGGACACCUGUACAGGUUGUCGGAAACCUUGGAGAAGGAAAAGGAGAGGCGAUCCGACCUCAGCGUGAGCCUGAAAAGGGAAGAGAAACUGCCCGACUGUUUCUUCCAGGUCUCCAGAACGGAAGCUGUGGCCCUUCUGGAGCAGAACGAAAAUUAUGGCAACAUGUUGCUGCGUCCUGGACAGGAUGGGAAGAGCUUCUCGUUGACCGUUCGGCAGAAGGCGCCCGGAGCCGUGAGUGUCAAGCACUAUAAAAUCAAUGCCGUUGGUGGGGAGUACAUCAUCGUUAUGGAAAAGCCGAAUUACUGCUCCUCCCUCAUGGCCGUGCUGGACUUCUUCAUCACCAAGACCCGGGGGCUUCUGGUGCCCCUCAGUGUGGAGAAGAGCUACGCCAUGGCUCUGGACGUCGUGGAGAGGGAUCAGGAAGGCGAGCAGGGCAUGUCGGGGUCCCCAUUGGAGCCUGAAGACCCCCAGACCGCACCUGGGAAAGGUACUUCAACGCUGAUUCCGAGGCUGAAUUCGCACCUGGAUCAUGGAGGAAGGCAGCCUCCGUUUUACUUCCUGCUUCAAAUUAGCCCACAAAUGCUAUUUUAUUUUAUUUUAUUUCUUUUCUUUUCUUUUCCUUUCCUUUCGCAGAUGGAAGUCUGA